UUUCAUUAGUAUGGCAACUUCAUAGAUGAUUUACGGGUCUAUGUGAGAGGAGGAGCUGGUGGAAUGGGUUAUCCUCGUCUGGGAGGGGAAGGAGGAAGAGGUGGUGAUGUCUGGUUCAUUGCCAGAGAAAGAACUACCUUGAAGAGCAUUAAGGAGAGAUAUCCCCACAAGCGAUUUGUAGCUGGACCAGGAGCCAACAGCAGUAUUAAAGCUCUAAAAGGAGAUAAAGGAAAAGAUUGUGAAGUUCACGUGCCUCCUGGAAUUUCAGUUGUUACUGAUGAUGGCAAGCAGAUUGGAGAGCUUAAUGCAGCUGGAGACAGAUGGUUAGCAGCUCGCGGAGGUCUUGGAGGCUCUUUGGCCACAAACUUUUUGCCUUGCAAAGGUCAGAAGCGAAUGGUUCAUCUUGAUUUGAAACUUAUAGCAGACAUUGGCUUAGUUGGGUUUCCAAAUGCUGGAAAAUCAUCAUUGUUAAGCAAGAUUUCUCAUGCCAAACCCGAGAUUGCAAAUUACCCAUUUACAACAGUUCAGCCUGAACUAGGAAAGAUCAUGUAUGCGGAUUAUAAGCAGAUUUCAGUAGCUGAUCUCCCAGGACUGAUUGAGGGUGCACAUGCAAACAAAGGAAUGGGCCACAAAUUUCUCAAACAUGUAGAAAGAACCAAACAGCUUCUCUUAGUUGUUGAUAUUUCUGGGUUUCAACUGUCUGGUAAGACUCAGUUCAGAACAGCCUUUGAAACUAUAUUGCUUCUAACAAAGGAACUGGAGCUAUACAAAGAGGAACUUCUAGCAAAGCCUGCACUUCUUGCCAUUAAUAAAAUGGAUUUGCCUUGUGCUAGGGAUAACUUGAAUGAACUUAUGGAACAACUACAGAAUCCUCGAGACUUCUUGUUAGAGGAAGAAAUGAUUCCUGCAAAUACACUUGAAUUCAAAGAGGUAAUUCCUAUAUCUACAUAUACUGGAGAAGGAAUUGAGGAACUAAAAGCAUGUGUAAGAAAAUCCAUAGAUGAGGAAGCCGAGCAGGAGAAUGAAGAAUAUCGGAAAAAGAAACUACUGCUUUUACAAACUUCCAAAGAGGAACAAAUGAAUAGAAGCUAGCAUUCCUGGAUGGAUCCAACACA